UCCGUCGGAAGGUCCGGCUUUUGCGGUCAGGGUAACGAACAGAGGAAACGGCCCGCGUUGCUGAAGCGCGGGCUGCUAGGAGCGCUACGGGAACUCCCGAGUGUGGGCCGGGGCAUGCCAGGAGCUUCGGCCGGGUGACUCUUGGGAAACUUCGGGCGUAGAGAAACAUGGCACUCCCCACGCUGCCCUCUUACUGGUGCCGCCGGAGGCCCCUGGAUCAGCAGGCAGCACGCCAGCGCCAGCGUGAGCAGGAGGCCCAGCUUCGGCAGCAGUGGGAACAGAACAGCCGCUAUUUCAGGAUGUCUGACAUCUGCAGCUCCAAACAAGCAGAGUGGAGCUCUAAGACAUCCUACCAGAGGAGCAUGCAUGCGUAUCAGCGUGAGAAAAUGAAGGAGGAGAAAAGGAAGAGUCUGGAGGCCCGGCGUGAGAAGCUCCGGCAGCUUGUGCUGGAGGAGCAGGACCUGCUGACCAGAGAGCUGGAGGAGCUGAGGCUGAGCAUGAACCUGCGGGAAAGAAGAAUCCGAGAGCAGCACAGGAGUCUGAAAUCAGCCCGAGAAGAGCAGAGGAAACUGAUUGCUGAACAGCUUUUGUAUGAGCACUGGAAAAAGAAUAACCCAAAGCUUCGAGAGAUUGAGCUGGAUCUUCACAAGAAGCAUGUGAUGAACUCUUGGGCCACACAGAAAGAAGAAAAACAACAGCAAGAAGCCACCGCUGAGCAGGAGAACAAGCGGUAUGAAAAUGAAUACGAGGCAGCCCGCAGAGAAGCCAUGGAGCGGCUGAAAGCAGAGGAGGAGAGGAGGCAGCUUGAGGAUAAACUGCAGGCUGAGGCGUUGCGUCAGCAGAUGGAGGAGCUAAAGCUGAAGGAGAUGGAGGCAACGAAGCUGAAGAAAGAGCAGGAAAAUCUGCUGAAGCAGCGCUGGGAGCUGGAGAGGCUGGAGGAAGAGAGGAGGCAGAUGGCGGCCUUGCGCCGCAAGGCAGAGCUGGGGCGCUUUUUGAGACAUCAGUACAAUGCACAACUCAGCAGGCGUACUCAGCAGAUCCAGGAGGAACUGGAAGCAGACAGGCGGAUUCUGCAGGCACUGCUUGAGAAGGAGGAUGAGGCCCAGCGUGAGCACCUUGCCAGGCGGGAGCAGGCUCUGGCGGAUGCGGCCUGGAUGAAGAAGGUCAUUGAGGAGCAGCUGCAGCUGGAGAAAGAGCGGGAGACAGAGCUGCAGGCACUUUUGAGGGAAGAGGCCAAGGAGAUGUGGGAAAAGAGAGAGGCAGAGUGGGCCCGAGAGCAGAGCGCACGGGACAGACUGAUGAGCGAGGUUCUGACAGGGAGGCAACAGCAGAUACAAGAAAAGAUCGAGCAGAACCGGCGGUUGCAAGAAGAGUCUCUGAAACACAGGGAGAAACUUAUUCAGAGUCUUGAGGAGGUGCGAGAGUCAGCUCGGCAGGCGAGAGAGGAGAGUGAAGAGCUGAAGUCGGCCAGGAAGCAGGAGCUGGAAGCUCAGGUUGCAGAGCGUCAGCUCCAGGAGUGGGAAGCAGACCAGCAGGCAGAGGAGGAAGAGGAGGAGGCCAGGCAGGCAGAAGAGCUCUCUGAUGCGCUGCUGCAGCAGGAAGUGAAGACCAUGACCGAGCAGGGCUACCGGCCGAAGCCUUAUGGACACCCCAAAAUUGCAUGGGACUGACCUUGCCAGCACAUGUGAACAUAGAGAAAGAAGGCUGCUGUUCUUUGAUACGCAGCCCUAGAUGGGUGUACAGUGCGUGCUUCUGGCCAGGGUUCAGGUGCCGUUGGGACAGCAUGCCUGUUGAGGUCCAUGAUCAAGCAAAUCGACAUCAAGGUGUGCAGCGCCUGGUGAGAGGCCUUCCUUAUUGAGCUGGGUCCCUUACAGACUCAUGUUUCCGGCUGUCAAGAAGUCUCGUGUAUUUAUUUAUACAUAAUAUAAGAUCCUCGGUCAGGACUGACAGCUACAAGUUUUAGUCAGGAUAUGACAGUGUGUGUGGUUUCUUGUCACCUGUAGUUCUCAGUCUCAGGGAAGGCAGCUAGUGAGUAGAGGUAAGUGUUUUCGUUUUUAAAGUUGCCAUUUAAAUUAUUCUGUUGAAAACAAACUUGUAGCUCUUUGUAAGUUUAUUUCAAGGGUUAUUAGUCAAAAAAGAUCACAUCUUUUAUAUUCUGGAAGACAGGAACCAUGACUACAUUAGACCCCUGAGGCAUCUAUGGGUGGUCUCUGAUACUUUCUGGAAAGAUGGUAAGAAAAAGUGUUCUUGUUCCAUAGAGUCUGGGAGGUAGCUCAGUGUUAGAGCACUUACGUAGCAUGUGGAAGGUCCUUGGUUGAGCCCCACUACCACCAAAGGGAAAAAAAUGGAAUUUCCAAGAUAAAAAGGUGAUCCCAACAUGCAUAUUACCCCCCAAAAGAUCUUAAAAGGUCACUUGGUUGACUAACCUUUUUAAGGCAGAGGUGUGGCAUUAGUUACCUUUGAGUUUUGAGAAGGUCCUCUGCCCUGCUGGUGAACUGAAGAUCCUGCGUCACACUCGGAGCCCCAGGUGAGCCCCACAGCUGCGCCCUUCCCACGUGUAGUUUCCCAGGCUCUUCCUCUGUGGGUUCAGUUUUCGUUACUUUGUGUUCAAGAUCUUGUAUCCCAGCAGCUUCUGGCUACAGGGCAUCUUCUGUGGUUAUUAAAGACCAGAGUUUAUUAAAA